UUGGGUGGAAAGCGCCCACCCCGGUACUGGCUUGGGUCACUCGGGCGGGACUCAAAACAUGAAACACUCGGACGCUCAGAGGAAACGGGAGCUGUUGCGCAUGCGCUCGGACGCUGGCCCGUUCCAGGGCACGUGCGCACGCGCGCUCCUGGAGUUUCCCAACCUUCCGGGUGCGGGCGGGGCAUGUUACGUCACGUCGUUUAAUCCGGAAACGGCGGCGGAGGCGACAGGACCGAGGGGCCUUAGUUGGUGGGCAAGUCGGGGAUCCCAGAAAGAGAAGCGUGACCCGGAAGCGGAAACGGGUGUCCGUCCCAGCUCCGGUGAGUGGCCCCUGCUGGACCGUGGAUCCCGGGCGGGCGUGCGGGCGGCAGCGUACAAGGCCUUCUACUCGCCCGGGUGUCCGGUGCCUCGCUUCUCCCUGGGACCCUGUCGUCAACAUCGAGGUCUCCAACACCACCUUGCUUUGGUGCCGGGCCCACUGACUCUGUCCUCGGUGUACAGUGCGACCCAAUCUCCAUCAUCCCGUCCUCAGUGUACAGGAUGCCCCAGCGCCCCCAACCGUCUCCCUCAGCAUUCAGGGUCCCCAAAUCCUAAUGCCUUGUCCUGAGCUUCACAGCCCCACAUUCACCUGUUCUUGGUACUUAGCGUUUCUGCCCAUCCUGUCCUCCUCUAUCAGAACCCCCACAAUUGCUCUGUCCUCGGUGCCCACAGUCCCCAAAACACCAGUGCACCGGCCCGCGUCACCCCCCGCUCUCAGUCGUAUCAAGGACUCCAGGGCCUCACCCAUGGUUCUGGAGAGGGAAGCUGAACUUGCAAGCCGUAACUUCUGUUGGGGCAUGGCGAUGAAGGAGGGGCUCGGGCCAGCACUUGGAUAAUUUUUAGGUCUACCUGUCCCCCUUUAUGUGUCCCCGGGACAAUCCAAGUGUUCUCAGCUGCUCCCUUUUGGCCCCUCAUUCCUGCCUCCAGUCUCCGUUAGCCCCUUCCCAUUUGGCCUGCCAGUGAGCUUCUACCAUCAUGGACCUAUUGUUCGGGCGCCGGAAGACACCAGAGGAGCUACUGCGGCAGAACCAGAGGGCCCUGAACCGUGCCAUGCGGGAGCUGGACCGCGAGCGACAGAAACUAGAGACCCAGGAGAAGAAAAUCAUUGCAGACAUUAAGAAGAUGGCCAAGCAAGGCCAGAUGGAUGCUGUUCGCAUCAUGGCAAAAGACUUGGUGCGCACCCGGCGCUAUGUGCGCAAGUUUGUAUUGAUGCGGGCCAACAUCCAGGCUGUGUCCCUCAAGAUCCAGACACUCAAGUCCAACAACUCGAUGGCACAAGCCAUGAAGGGUGUCACCAAGGCCAUGGGCACCAUGAACAGACAGCUGAAGUUGCCCCAGAUCCAGAAGAUCAUGAUGGAGUUUGAGCGGCAGGCAGAGAUCAUGGAUAUGAAGGAGGAGAUGAUGAAUGAUGCCAUUGAUGAUGCCAUGGGUGAUGAGGAAGAUGAAGAGGAGAGUGAUGCUGUGGUGUCCCAGGUUCUGGAUGAGCUGGGACUUAGCCUAACAGAUGAGCUGUCAAACCUCCCCUCAACUGGGGGCUCGCUUAGUGUGGCUGCUGGUGGGAAAAAAGCAGAGGCCGCAGCCUCAGCCCUAGCUGAUGCUGAUGCAGACCUGGAGGAACGGCUUAAGAACCUGCGGAGGGACUGAGUGCCCCUGCCACUCCGAGAUAACCAGUGGAUGCCCAGGAUCUUUUACCACAACCCCUGUGUAAUAAAAGAGAUUUGACACUA